CCUGCGUCCACGAACGGCCGCCGCCUCGACGACCGAUCCCGCCACGUCGACGAUCCGCAGGUCGCCGUCACGUCCACGAUCCGUCCCCCGCACGAACAACCCCGGCCCCGAAGUAUGGAAGAAUACGGAGAAGUUUAUUGCUCCGUGGAGAAGUGGUGCACGCUGGUCAGCAAGUUAAACGCCAGGCAAUGAACGCGGCUACGUGACACCAGCUUGCAGAAUUUCUUGCAGAUACCUAGCGUGCAAAUGCGAAAAUGUUUGCUGAAAUACAUCAUUCAAAAACAUGACCCGAUUAAAAAAAGAUUCGUGUUGCGUCCGACAAAAGGUGACAUAUCCUUGCGGACGGAUGAUGUCUUUCAUAUUUUUGGCCUUGUGAAUAAGGGCAAAGAUGUUAUGAAGGCAUUAGGUAAAAUGAACGAGUACGCGAAGGAAAUGGUUCCUUCUAAGUUUGUAGACGCGCGAAGUGGAGAAAUAGUCAUCGAUCAGUUGAUCAACAACAUAGUUUCGAGUGGGACGUAUGAUGACGACUUUGUGCGGCGAGCGGUAUUAGUCCUCAUUGGCACAAUAAUAGCACCGCACUCCACCAGACAUGUUCCACAUUUUCUUUACCAGUUGGUGGAGGACGUCGAUGCCAUAAAAUCAUAUAACUGGAAUGCGUUCACGUUACGCGUCUGCAUUGAAGGAAUCACAAAGACUGUUAAAGAUGUUAAAAAGUUCAAGUGGCCUAUUGGAAACCUGGCGCUCAUCUAGUACAUGUAUUGGGAGAAGGUGCAACCAACUUCAGUAGAAACAUUCGAUCCUUUGUUGUCGGAGUACCCAUUGAUGGUAAAUUGGUCCGAAAUGGAGGCUAAGAAGCAUGACAUAUAUGACAACGAGAACGACCGUGGUCAUGGCACGAUUGAUGAUUUAAUAAGCGAACAGUAUAGACAUGCCAGAAUAGCAAAAGAAGCAAUAAUCGAAGAGGAAGAUACCGAGCCACCUUCACCUAAAGGUGGAGGCAGAACUAGAAAAGGUUGUAAGCCCACAGCUUCAUCGAGCAGAGGCGGUACGAAAGAACACUUCAUGAAAUGCAUAAGAGAUAUGCAGAAAGAGAUACGUCUAAUUCCCGAGAAAUGUGUUGAGAUAUUGCUCGAGAAGCUAAGUAAGAAGGGUUUGCUGGUGAAGCGAAGUGGGGACUUCCGUGAUGAGCGCGCUUUUGAGGACGAAAGUGAUGAGUUGGUGAGAAAGUACAAGCCAAAGUAUCAUACAGAAGUUACUUCAUCUCCUUUGGAAGAACGCGCGGACGAGAAGAUGGAUGCAUCCUUCACGGGUCCAAAUGCUACGAACUUUCCCAAUGACGAAGGCAUGCAGUCCGGUACACCCGGUAAAGGUGUUGAAAACGACCCCUUUAUUAUUGAGGAUAAUGGUUCACACAAGGAAGCAUCACCAUCAUUAGGCACGAAUGAUUUUCCUUCUCUUACUAGAAACCCACAGAAAGAAAAUGCACUAUCAGUCGGGUCUAGUGCUGAAAAUUCAGCGGAAGGUACUUACCCUAGUCCGACAACAAUCUGUAAGGACGCGAAUAAUAAUGGGACUGAGGAGCAUGAUGGGAAGCGGAAACGCCAACAGUCAAAGUAUUGUCGGUCCCCCUUUAUUAUUGAGGAUGGUCCACGCAAACGUGUGAAAAAAAGUCUGUUUCGUAUACGUGAUGUUCUCCUUAGUACGGACUUUAUGGAUGAGAAUCACAUAGAGGGCGCGAGGGUUUAUAUCGACACGCUAGCAGACUCGCCGAAGCAUUUAAAAUAGACUGUGGUCCACAUGACGGGAAUAGGUGGGGAAACGUGUAUGGCGGAAAUGCUUCAAGCUAUCACUUCGGGCGACUGGUUGAAUGGCGCUGUCAUCAAUUGUUAUUCGAACCACUUGCUGACUACUACUCCUAUGGCUGAUCGGCAUGUUCUAACAUCAUGGGUGUCAUACUGCCUUAUACAGCGCGCUAAAGGAAAGCUGAAAAACUCGAACAUGAACUACAUGGAAUUUUUCACGAAAGAAUCAAAAACUGUGUCAAGAGUAAUUGACGAGUACUUCGCAAAAGAUAAGGUAUUUGCAUUUCAAACAACUAUUGACAGUACAUAGCAAACUUUUUGUACAUAAGCUUACUGUUUUGUAGGCAUUUUUCCCUUUGAAUGUGAACAAGAAUCAUUGAAUAACCAUUGUCAUGCACAAUAAGAAGAAAGAGUUUCAAGUUCUAAAUUCUACUGGUAAAAUAAGCAAGGCAGUUCAUGCGAAGAUUGCUUCGAUGAGGGCAGAAAUUGCUGUAGAUACAAAUCAGGUAAACUCUGCUAUAGGUACACAUCAUCCAGAUGUGUCUAAAUGGCCAAUAAAGGAGUACGACAUGCCGAGACAAAAAGACGGAGUGUCUUGCGGACUUUUCGUGAUGAAGUGCAUCGAACUCUGGGACGGGGAUGCCUUCAGACAUGACUUUGACCAGGACGAGAUCAAUUCUUCAAGGGGACGCAUUCUCGCGAAAAUACUUUUUUCAGAGAGCAACACACUGACUAAGGUGAAGGAGAAGAUUCUGAAAAUUAUGGAGAAUGAAUAAGUGCCAGCAAGUGUGUAGGGUUUUUGCCCACCACAUGAUUAUGCCUAUUUGGUACCAUUUCAUAAUUGUAAUAAUGGCAGAAUUUUGCUUUUAGCCACAUACAUGAUUAUGCCUAUUUGGAUGCCACAAUAUUUUUUUUUCGCACAUAGAUUAUUAUGGCUAUUUGGUGAUUGGGACAACUUUAUUAUUGUAAUUAUGCAUGUUUGGUGAUUGAGACAAUUUUUGCUACUGUUA